AAUUUUUAUAUGCAUGUAUCUCAGGUUUUUGGCGAUAUUCGUUAUCUCUAUGGGUCUUUUCCCAUUCGUUGGAAUAUAUUGCAAUAGCCUACAGCCAGAGAAGGGAAAUUUCCUAGCCUGAUGCGGAGGUUUGAGGAGGGUGGUGCUUCUAGGCAAUGGGGCGGAGUCGAGGGACCCAGACAUGAAAGGAAAAUGGCGACGCUCGUGUUGGAUAACGGCGCUUAUAAUGCCAAGAUCGGGUACAGCCAUGCUCAUGUCAGUGUCAUUCCCAAUUGUCAGUUCAGAUCAAAGACUGCUCGUUUGAAAACAUUUACAGCUAACCAAUUGGAUGAAAUUAAAGAUCCAUCUGGACUUUUUUAUAUUCUCCCUUUUCAGAAGGGAUACUUGGUUAACUGGGAUGUUCAAAGACAAGUAUGGGAUAAUCUUUUUGGAAAAGAAAUGUAUCAGGUAGAUUUUAUUGAUACCAACAUAAUCAUCACAGAACCUUAUUUCAACUUUAGCUCAAUUCAAGAGUCUAUGAAUGAAAUAUUAUUUGAAGAAUACCAAUUCCAAGCAGUUCUCAGAGUAAAUGCUGGAGCUCUUAGUGCCCAUAGAUACUUCCGAGAUAACCCAUCAGAAUUGUGUUGUAUUAUUGUGGAUAGUGGAUAUUCUUUUACACACAUUGUGCCUUACUGUAGAAGUAAAAAGAAGAAGGAAGCAAUAAUAAGAAUUAAUGUUGGAGGAAAACUCUUAACCAAUCAUUUAAAGGAAAUAAUUUCUUACAGGCAGCUCCAUGUUAUGGAUGAAACUCAUGUGAUUAAUCAAGUGAAAGAAGAUGUAUGUUAUGUUUCACAAGACUUUUUCAAGGAUAUGGAGAUUGCCAAGUUGAAAGAAGAAAAUACAGUGAUGUUGGACUAUGUUUUACCAGAUUUCAGCACAAUAAAAAAGGGAUUUUGUAAGCCAAGAGAAGAAAUGGUGUUAAGUGGAAAGUACAAAACUGGUGAACAAAUACUUCGUCUUACAAAUGAGCGAUUUGCAGUUCCAGAAAUACUCUUCCAUCCUUCAGAUAUUGGCAUUCAAGAAAUGGGAAUUCCUGAAGCCAUUGUUUAUUCAAUUCAGAAUUUGCCAGAAGGUAGUUCUCAAUCAAUGAUCACUCGUUCAGUGGCCAUUUGAAGUUGCAAUUGCACCAAAAAGUAAUACUUUGAACUGGUCCUCAAGAUUCUGACUGUCCCAGGAACCCUAUGAUCAUGCAAUCAUGAAUUGGAUACUUGGUAAACAGUUCACACUACAACAGUUGCAGCAUCCCACAACAUGUGAUUGCCAUUUGUGGCCUUCCUUAUCGGGUUUCCACACUCAAAUCUGGGGAAGCUUGCAGGAAAAUCGCAAGUCAUUCACAUUCCAGUGGCUUUUUCUCCUGAGGACCCUUACUGCGGUAUCUGAACACACUCCUCCCAACCACCACCAACACACCCUCAGACACAUUUUCCCACUUGUAGCACCACACUCAAAAUGGUUGCCGGAUCAUCCAAUAGCAGCCAACCUUGGUCUUGCUAUAUCUGUGCUAUGCCUUGACAGUCACUCACACAUCCUCACACACUUGGCCACAGCCACCUCCACCCCCCACUAUGUUCAUGCCAUCUUCAACAGCCAUUUUUUCACAUUCCUCCAUUAGGCAUCUUUCAGACUGCAUGACAGCCACCCAUGCAUUUUCCCCUAUCCAGCUGAACCACUUACCUGUCUAUCAGCCUACUUGUGAUCCACCCGGGACUUGCAACAUUCUGCUAACUUCCCUAUUGACUUUGCUUAUUGGAAACUGGCAGGAAGUUGCAAGGAAGCACUCACUUAAUGAUCUGCAGUCCUCAGUUAAUAUCAGUGGUCUAAACUAUGUGAUUAUGUGACAUUGCAUUUUUGACUGCAUCGUUUAGUGACAGAAAUUCCGGUCCCAAUUGUCAUUGUAACCCUAAGACUAUCUGCAUUUAUAUUAAGGAUGCUACAUCUAUAAAAUUUAAUAAAACAUUACAAAUGAUUAAAUAUCUAGUUAAAAUGUAAUUACACAUUACAUAGGAAACCAUUGUUAGUAUUAAUAUGCUAUUGUAAAAAUGCAGUAAUUACGUACCAGUGUAAUCAACAAUGCUGGACAAAAGUAAAUUAAAUCAAGUAUUUUGAAAUACAGGCUUUAGCCUUUUGUGGAAAUAAGCUAUUAUGUUUGUAAAAUAGGUAAAUAUUAAGAUGAUGGUAGGAGUGCCUUCAUGUGUUUAUUCCAGGUUAAAAACAGUCAUAGGCUGGCAUAGCCUAUCAGAUGGCUGCUAUUAAGGGAGUGACACACAUGCAUUAGGUAUAUGGUUAGCUCAGAUUAAGAUUUUUGUUCCUGUUACACUUACAGAACUCCAUAAUAUCAGCAAUAAUGCCAAUUUUUACUU